ACCUACCGUUCACUGUUAAGGCGUUCAGCCGAUGUUUACAACUUCACGAGUUCUCAAGUCGCAACUUUACCAGCAUCCCGGAGCAGCAGCUUUUGAAAACUGACUUUUGAUUGCCGCCGUUAAGACUUGAAAGGUUACUCUCACUUAUUGUUUAUACUAAUUUUAUACAAUUUUAUGAGUUGCUUUAUCGUUCAAUGAUCGAAUCCUGCAGAUAUGUAUUUGUUCUAACAGGCAAGAAAACUUAAUUUUGUGUAUCUAAUACUUAAAUAAAUUCAAUGUUAUUUUAAAUUUUAGUUGGUAUUGAAAGAUAUACUUAAUACUUUUGUUCGCGUGUCUGAUUAUUUAACACUAAAAUGUAUAUUUUUAAUUACUGUCUCCGGAGUAGAGUUAAUUCUUCGAUAAUUUCUACAAUGAAACGAUCGCAUACAAUGUUCUCGAGAACUUCAAUAGUUCAUAACAAUCGCACGCUUCUACCCAUCAAUCGGUUACCCGGAUAUUUGAUGCCGGAACGCUGUUUUAUGAAAAAGAUGGGCGAGAAACCCGCUUACAAUGUGUACAAUAAAAAAGCUGCUCAAGACAGGGUUUCACCUACAGAGUACGAACUUAUUUAUAACGGUACUGGCGAAAAGUAUGCACGGUUAUUGAGUGGAAUGGUAAUCGCUGCUAUUAUAGUCCUUCCAUCCACUUUUAUUAUCGCCUAUUUGUAUCUUUUGUUUACAGAAGGUAAAAUAGAUUUACAAACAUAUUUAGAUAUAUUGCUUUUACCAAAUUCAACAUUGGAACUUAUGAUAAUGAUUCCUGCAUUGUUUCUCUUGAAAAUAGUAUCAUACAAUUUUAUUUCAAAAUACGUGGUGAGAAUUUACCAACACAAUACCAAAAAACAGUAUGUGGGAGUGUACAUAAAUCCAGUUUUACCAUGGAAAAAUAUAACAUGCACAUUCGAAACAGCUAUUAAGUUGCCCGAUAGUAUAAAUGUUUUCAUUCCUUGGCACAAAGAAUAUUAUCGACUAGCUGGACACAAAUCAAUUGUCCUAAGAGAAAGAUUUAAAAGGCCUAUAGAUUAUGACAGAAUGAUUGGUUUAGUUAAGACAUUAGAUAAGUGAUAAAUCAACUAUUUUUAGUCAUUAUUGUGUAAAUGUUCAAGUUUCUAAAAUAAAUGUUAAAAAAAAUAUAAUU